CAGCGAAUGAAACGAACAAGAAAAUGCGCGCCAAGAUGCUCGCAUCCUAUUGGUUCAGAAUAUUGUGACAGGUCUUCGAGAUCGUUCUCGAAACAUCUCGAAACACUUAAAAGCUAUAUAGACACCCGCGAUUGCACAAUAUGCCAACAGUUGCAUUUCCACCCGCAACUAUAACACGUCUAAUACAAAUUAACUCCAACGUGAAAGUAAAUUGUGUCUUAAAGUUUUCCUGAGUUUUUCAUCAAGUGCAUUCUACCAAAGGAUUAUACCUUGAUUACGAUCGAAGGACAACAUAGCAAGAUGACGAGAAAAGGAAACAAGCGUACGCAAAAACAGCGCGAAGCAUCUGGUUCUCAAGUACCGCCACAUCAAGCUUCUAAUGCACAACCAUCUGCAUUAGAACAACAACAACCUGGUGGUCAAAAACAGCAACAAACUGUUUUACAACAGCAGCAACAGGGGUCAUCUGCCUCACAACGGUAUCAAGAACCUAUUGUUUCACAACAGCAACAACAACCUGCUGCACAACAGGAAGAACAGUCAGUUGCUUCACACCAGCAACAAACGCAGUGGCAACAGCGACCUGGUUCACAAUUACAGCAAUCUGACGUUUUACAACAACGACAAUAUGUUGCUCCACAACAGCAACAACAAAAUGCUGUUCAACAACAGCAGCAGCAACAAUUCAUUGGUGCACAGCAACAACGACGAUCUCUUGCACCACACGGGCAACGACGAUCUCUUGCACCACACGGACAACGACGAUCUCUUGCACCACACGGACAACGACGAUCUGUUGCUCCACAGCAGCAACAGCAAACACCAGCCUUGAAGCAACAGCAACAGCCAUUGGCUCCACAACAACAUCAUACAUUUGCUCCACAGCAACAACAGCAACCACCAGACUUAAAGCAACAGCAGCAGCCAUUGGCUCCACAACAUCAUACAUUUGCUGCGCAGGAACAACAUCCACAAUCAACUGUUACGCAACAAAAUCUGCAAUUAACUUCCCAGCAACAACAUCAGCAAUCAACUUCUCAGCAACAGUAUCAGCAAUCUGCUUCGCGGCAGCAACAAACCUCAAUUUCGCAACAGCAACGUCAGUCAUCAACUUCGAAGGAACAAAAUCGAUCAAGUCCGGAGCAACAGCAACAAAUUAUUCCAAAGCAACCACAGGAAACUGCUCUCAGUAGAAGAAGCGGAAACGGAAAAUCUAAUUUACCAAGUGAUUUAGUUCAAAUGUACUUAAACCAAAUCCCAUGCAAUACCGGAGGUGGAAGACAGGGGAAGAAAAUCCAGGUGUUAACAAACAUGUUCAGAAUCAAUUUCGGGAAAAAUUUUCCGGAUACUAUUAUGCACUAUGACGUUGUUAUUACACCAAAUGUGACGAAGUCUUUGUUCUACCAAGUUUUUGAGCAAUAUAGACUGAAACACUUUCCAAAUAUAUUCCUAGGGUUUGACGGCAAGAAGAAUGCAUAUGGCAGAGUUGAUCUUCCGUUCGGUGAUCAAAGCAUAGAAGACGAAGUAACAGUUUUUGACCCGGUGAAACAGCAAGAACGUGUUUACAAAAUGUACCUGCAGAAAGCAGCAACGCUUGAUAUGUCAUGGUUGAAAAAUCCAAGAGGUUUAACAGACAGCGAACGAGAGCAAAAUUGCAUACAAGCAUUGGCUACUAUUUUCCGUCAUGGACCCGCGUAUCACUUUACUCUGGUGGGCCGAUCGCUUUAUCAAAAGCCAGAAAGAGAAAUACCUUUAGCAGAUGGCUAUAACUUGUGGACCGGUGUAUUUCAAUCGGUACUCGUUAGAAACAGAGUCUAUUUCAACGUCGACGUGGUUUACAAGGCAUUCCCCAAAGAGCAAUCUGUUAUUGAUUUCCUGAAGGACGUGUGUAAACAUCCUAGAGACCCAAAACCUCUAUCAACUUUACAACCGGAAAUUAUUAAAAAAAAUGAACAAAAAAUAAACAACAGUUUAAAGGGGUUAAAAAUACGAUAUGAACUGCCUGGACAACCCACAACCAGAAGAGUUUAUGCUAUUAAUAAAUUAAGCGCAUGUCCAAGAGAGAAUAAAUUUUCUCUGCAAGAUAAUACGAUGUGCACAGUGGAACAGUACUUUUUGAAAUACAAAAACUAUACUAUAAAGAAUCCGGAACUACCAUGUCUUUGGGUUGGACGUAUGGAGAAACACAUUCAUCUACCUAUGGAGCUGUGCACGAUCGUUGAGGGACAAGCAACCAUGAAAAAACUGACUGAAAAUCAAACGACUAAAAUGAUUUUACACGCUGCGGUCAAUGCUAAAGAACGUUCAAAAAGAAUCACGACUGCUCUUGAAAGCCUGAAGUUGGAUGAACAACCAAUCUUAACGAAGGAAUUUCAGCUUUCCGUAGACGGACAAUUCGAAAAAGUACCAGCUAGAAUUCUUGAUGCUCCCAAGUUAGAAUAUUCUAAUGGAGAAGUUGCCGUGACUGGAGGAGAAUGGCGAUCACUAAAAUUUUACAUUCCGUGUAAUUUGCCAGAUGAGUCAUGGACUAUCGUGAAUUUGGAUAAAUUUGUAAAAUACACUGAAUUAUACGAAUUUCAAGAAACGCUACGAAGGGAAGCUGAAAAUGUAAAUAUGAGAAUUGGCAAAGCACUGACUCCUUUUUCCACCGUAACCCUACAGAGGAAUAACCUUACUGACAUUAUAAAAUGUCUUGAAGAGAAAAAGAAGAAACAGCUAAAAUUAGUAAUAGUUAUAAUUCCUAAUUUUGAUGAUGCAUACAGUAAAGUGAAGCAAACUGCAGAACUGACAGUGAGGGGCGGUGUACUCACUCAGUGUAUAAAAUCGAAGACUUUGUCGAGAAUGAAUAAGUCAACGGCCAUAAAUAUUUUAUUGAAGAUAAAUUCGAAACUUAAUGGCGUUAACCACGUUCUAGCUCCUACUUCUCGACCAAGAUGUUUAAAUGAACCGUGCAUGUUGGUCGGUGCAGAUGUAACGCAUCCUCCGCCCGAAGAUAAAAACAGGCCUUCGAUUGCAGCCGUUGUUGCGAGUCAUGAUCUAAACCCCUUUCAAUAUAAUGCUAAAAUUAGACUCCAGCCACCAGGAACAGAGCACAUUCAGCAUUUGAAAGAGAUUAUGUACGAGCAAUUAAAAUACUUUCAAGACAGCACAAAUUGCGAGCCUAAAAAAAUUAUUUUUUAUCGGGAUGGUGUGGGCGAUGGACAGCUCCCGGAGAUCAUGCAUUUUGAAUUAAACGCAAUAAGGAAAGCUGUUGCAGAAUUCAAAGGAACUAGCGAAGACCCGAUUCCGAUCAUAUUUCUUGUAGUUCAGAAGAGACAUCACAUUCGUCUUUUUCCAACUGAUGGAAAUUGUGAUAGGAAUUUUAACGUGCUACCGGGUACCAUUGUUGAUACAGAAAUUACGCAUCCUAAGCAUAUAGAUUAUUAUCUCGUAUCCCAUGCUAGUAUUAAGGGUACUGCUCGACCGACAAGGUACAGAUGUCUCUGCAAUGAAAGUAACUUAUCAGAGGAUGAUCUUCAAGAGUUAACGUAUUAUCUUUGUCACACGUACGCACGAUGCACGAGAAGUGUUAGUUAUCCUGCGCCCACAUACAAUGCUCAUUUAGCAGCUUACAGAGGCAAGACUUUAUUUAAUGAAUAUCGUGUGGGGGACCUGACUGGAGCGCGAAGUAAAAUGAACAUACAGAUGUUUGACAAUCCUAUGUAUUUUGUGUGAUAUUUCCGUUGUGGAAAUAACACGGAUCAUUUAGAUUGAAAUUAACAUAGAUCAUUUAGAUUGUAAGAUAUCAUCUAUUAAGUUCUAUCAUAUUGUUCGUCACUUUCAAUUAUUUCAGUAGUAAUUUCAUUUCCAGUAAAUCUGGUAAACACUUUUUAUAUUAUUUAACCAUUUUUAUAGAAAAACUCCUCAUAUAUUUAAAAAAUUGCCUUUAAAAUUAUUAUUGAUAUUGUAUUAUUAACUUCUCUCAUUAUUGUUCCAUCAUAUAUAAAUAACAUUUUAACCCUUUAACUGCGGGGGUAGUUCAUAAACUACGUGUUGAAAUUAUAGUCAGAAGUGGGUUUGGUAUAUAAAUAACAAGAUAAUUUUUGCUAAUAUUAAAUAGUUCAGAUCUAAAAAUAAAAUAAAAAAAAACUUUUAUAAUAGAAUAUUAGUUUAGUAAUAUGAUUAGAUUAAAAUUAGUUAAGAUUAAAUUAAAAUCUUAAAUUAAAAUCUUAACCAGCAGUUAAAAGGUUAAGUGUCAUUUUAAAUCAUUUUAGUUAGUAAUAUCGUUUUCAGUAAGACUGUAAACAAUUUUUAACGUUUUUUAUAGGAAAAACUUUCAUAU